UGCCCGACUCCCAACAUGGCGGCGGGGGGCGGCGGCGGCGGCGGCCGGGGGGGCAGCGCCCCGCGCUGGGGCGGCGGCGGCCGGGCCGCGGCGCAGGAGAAGUUGCCGGUGCAUGUGGAGGAUGCGCUUUCCUACCUGGACCAGGUGAAGAUCCGCUUUGGCAGCGAUCCUGCCACCUACAAUGGCUUCCUGGAGAUCAUGAAAGAGUUCAAAAGCCAGAGCAUUGACACACCUGGAGUAAUCCGACGUGUUUCACAGCUUUUUCAUGAGCAUCCCGACCUCAUUGUAGGAUUCAAUGCUUUCCUCCCUCUGGGCUACAGGAUAGAAAUUCCAAAGAAUGGGAAGUUAAGUAUACAGUCACCUUUGAAUAGUCAGGUGCCCUCGGAGCCUGUUCCCAGCGCGCUCCCUGGCAGCGGGCUGUUGUUGCAUUACUCCCAGGAGAAUUCGCACAAUCACAGUGACUGUUCGGAGGAGUUUAGGCAACAGCUUCCAUACAAAGAAGAUAAAUCCCAAAUUCCUUUGGAGUCUGACUCUGUAGAGUUCAAUAAUGCUAUCAGUUACGUGAAUAAGAUCAAAACACGUUUCCUUGACCAUCCAGAAAUUUACAGAUCCUUUUUAGAAAUUCUUCAUACUUACCAGAAAGAACAGCUGAACACUAAAGGCCGACCCUUUCGAGGCAUGUCAGAAGAAGAAGUGUUUACUGAAGUAGCAAAUCUGUUCAGGGGACAGGAGGAUCUUCUUUCUGAGUUUGGACAGUUCCUCCCAGAGGCUAAAAGGUCUUUGUUCACAGGAAAUGGACCCUGUGAAGUGAACAGUGUCCAGAAAACCGAGCAUGACAAGAAUCUGGAACACAGCAAAAAGCGAUCCAGACCACUGCUCUUGCGUCCUGUUUCUGGCCCAGCAAAGAAGAAAAUGAAACUGCGAGGUACCAAAGAUCUGUCUGUAGCGACAGUGGGAAAAUAUGGAACACUGCAAGAGUUUUCUUUCUUUGACAAGGUGCGUAGGGUGCUAAAGAGUCAGGAAGUCUACGAAAAUUUUCUCCGGUGCAUUGCUCUCUUCAACCAAGAGUUGGUCUCUGGCUCGGAGUUGCUCCAGCUAGUUACACCAUUUUUAGGGAAAUUCCCCGAACUCUUUGCACAGUUCAAGUCCUUUCUUGGUGUGAAAGAGCUUUCAUUUGCUUCUCCACUGAGCGACCGAUCUGGGGAUGGAAUGAGUCGGGAAAUUGAUUAUGCUUCCUGCAAACGCAUAGGAUCAAGUUACCGGGCUCUCCCAAAAACCUAUCAGCAGCCAAAGUGCAGUGGAAGAACAGCCAUUUGCAAGGAGGUGUUAAAUGAUACCUGGGUUUCAUUUCCAUCCUGGUCUGAGGACUCCACUUUUGUCAGCUCCAAGAAGACUCCUUACGAGGAGCAGUUGCACCGCUGUGAAGAUGAGCGCUUUGAGUUGGAUGUUGUCUUGGAGACCAAUUUAGCCACUAUACGUGUGCUGGAGAGUGUGCAGAAAAAACUGUCACGACUGACUCAAGAGGAUCAGGAGAAAUUUCGACUGGAUGAUUGCUUAGGAGGAACGUCAGAAGUGAUCCAGCGCAGGGCCAUCUAUCGCAUCUAUGGUGAUAAAGCACCAGAGAUCAUUGAAAGUCUUAAGAAAAACCCAGUUACUGCAGUCCCUGUUGUGCUUAAGAGAUUGAAAGCAAAAGAGGAGGAAUGGCGGGAGGCCCAGCAAGGCUUCAACAAAAUUUGGCGGGAGCAGUAUGAGAAAGCCUACCUGAAGUCCCUUGACCACCAGGCUGUCAACUUCAAACAAAAUGAUACCAAAGCUUUGCGCUCCAAGAGCUUGCUGAAUGAAAUUGAGAGUGUCUAUGAUGAGCAUCAGGAGCAGCAUUCAGAAGGGAGAAGUUCAUCCACAAAUGAGCCUCAUCUUAUCUUUAUCUAUGAAGAUAAGCAGAUUUUGGAAGAUGCAGCAUCUCUUAUCAGCUAUUAUGUAAAAAGGCAGCCUACCAUCCAAAAGGAGGAUCAAGCAACCAUCCGGCAGAUAGUGCAUCACUUCAUACCUGAGCUGUUUUUCUCUCAGCCCCCUGAGCACAGUAUUUCUGAAGAAUCAACAGAUGAGGACAGAGAAAACCACCAGGGGCCCAACGUGGAUACUCCUGAGCUACGGAAAAAACACGUGCCUGGGCCGCCAAGCAGUCCUUUGGAUGCAAAAGCAACCUUCUGUGAUGUUACAGCUGCUGAGCCCCACAACACUCUGGAUGAUGUUUACAGUCUAUUCUUUGUCAAUAAUAAUUGGUAUUUCUUCCUCCGCCUUCACCAGACUCUGUGCUCAAGGCUCCUAAAGAUUUAUCGUCAAGCUCAGAAGCAGCUUCUAGAAUAUCGGACUGAAAAAGAGAGAGAGAAACUCCUUUGUGAAGGAAGAAAAGAAAAAACCAAUGACCCAGCCAUGGAACUAAGACUGAAGCAACCGAGUGAGGUGGAACUGGAGGAGUACUACCCGGCUUUCCUGGAUAUGGUGAGGAGUCUGCUGGAUGGGAAUAUUGACCCAACGCAGUACGAGGAUACUCUGCGGGAGAUGUUCACUAUCCAUGCCUAUAUCGGCUUUACUAUGGACAAACUGGUGCAGAAUAUUGUACGCCAGCUUCACCAUCUAGUGAGCGAUGACAUCUGCUUGAAGGUUGUUGAGCUCUACUUGAACGAAAGGAAGCGAGGUGCUGCUGGAGGUAACUUAUCCUCUAGGUGUGUCCGGGCAGCAAAGGAAACCAGCUAUCAGUGGAAGGCUGAACGUUGCAUGGCAGAUGAGAACUGUUUCAAGGUGAUGUUUCUUCAGCGGAAAGGACAGGUGAUCAUGACCAUUGAGCUUCUGGAUACGGAGGAAACCCAGACAGAAGAUCCUGUGGAGGUCCAGCACCUGGCUAACUACAUGGAGCAGUACGUUGGGGUGGAAGGAGCUCCGAACAACCAGAAUGAUGGCUUCUUACUGAAACCAGUCUUUCUGCAAAGAAAUCUCAAAAAGUUUCGCAAGUGGCAGUGUAAGCAAGUGAGAGCUCUGCGCAGCGAAGUGAAGAGCUCCUGGAAGAGGCUGAUUGGGGUGGAAAGUGCCUGCAACGUGGACUGCCGGUUCAAGCUCAACACCCACAAAAUGAUGUUCAUCAUGAACUCGGAGGAUUACAUGUACAGGCGGGGAGCUCUCUGCCGAGCCAAGCAGGUACAGCCGAUGGUGCUGCUAAAGCAUCACCAGCAGUUUGAAGAGUGGCACAGCAGGUGGCUAGAAGAGAACGUGACCAUGGAGGCAGUUGAUGUAGUGCAAGACUGGCUAAUGGGUGACGAAGACGAGGAGAUGGUGCCCUGUAAAACAACCUGUGAGACAGUGAAUGUCCAUGGGGUCCCAGUGAACAGGUACAGAGUUCAGUACAGUCGCCGUCCAGCUUCACCGUGAGCAGAGAUUUGUUCCUGGGACAAAGACAAGUAGGAGCAUUGCUGGUGAAACACAUUUACUCUGAGAAUAGUGGUGGGAAUGCAAUGUAUGUAUUAACGAUAUUUAUCCAAACAGCAUUUUACUUUGGAUUAUGAUGUGUUUUCCAUAUGGCAUAGACUUGUUUCCUUGCAGUGUAAUCCUCCAGCCAUCAUGAAGAGACUUAAAAGCUUUAUGGGAAGAGGGCUCUUGGCAUUGCCACACACUUUUUAGUAGUUUUCUAGCUUUAGGCCACUGCUGACCAGCCAGCACUGGAAGGCUGAGCGAGGAGGUCAGGCUCUGGGUGAACUACCACUAGUGGCUUUGUUGGAGAGAUGGAGCUGGGCUGGUGUUCGAGCAGAUGCUGGCAGCUGCUUCCACUUUGAAGGGUUUGACGUUCCCUAUCUUCCUGAAUUUGCCGUCUUGGAGCCUGCAGAACUCUUCGACAUAACCUCUGAGUGCCGGCGGGGCUAAGAGCACCUGGUACAGAUCGCUAGCCCCUCGAUGGGCUGCUUCAUUAUCUGUGUGUACUAAUAAGGCAACGAAUGCAGUAUUUGUUACUGGUGCUCUGGUGAGGAAAAUGCCAAAACUGAUCAAGGGUGAAUAGCAUACUAAACACUCUAACUUUCAUUGAUCGACUAAGUCUUUUUGAGCAUAAACUAAGGGAAAGAAACUCUCUGAGCUACAGUGCUAGGCGAGAGAGCCUUUUGCAGCGCAGAUGUAGUGCGAGACUGGCUAAUGGGUGACGGAGACGAGGCCUAGGCCUAUCAGCCACCCCUCUGCAGACACGCACCGGAUCCCGUCUUGUUGCUUUAUGAACUUCCGACCCGCUGCAGACUCUGCCUUCUCAGAUCUGGAGCUGCUUGGAGCGUGUGCGUGAGGAGGAAUACCCAUCGCGAGGUCUGGCCUGUUUUAUUUUGGGGUUUGUAUUUUGCAUGUUGACUGGCAGCCUCUGGAGACUGCGUUCUCAGGCGCUUUUGCUUUCCUUGUGCAUGCCCGGACUCCGUGGUUCUGCUGGGUUAAACCACUGAAAUCCCAUCAGUAGAUGGAGCUCUCGCAGCACAGCGUUUGCACCGGAUGGGCGGGUUCUCCCAGCGACUUCCCUGUUUCUGCUGGCUCAGCACAGAUGCUGGAUUUGCAGUGACACAUGGAAAUCUGUAAUGGGCAGUAGGAGAUCCAGCCGCAACCAUCGCAGACAAGCUUUUCCACUGAACCGUCUGUACUUCUAUCAAAGUUUUUUGACGUGAAACCUAGCAAAAAACCUCCCCUGAAUCAUGCAGAACACUACGUCAAUUGUCCGACUUAAUCUAUUGAAAAUUCAGUUGUGUUUGUCCUGUAGCCCCGCUGUGACUUUGCUCUUGUUUUUCAGGGGCCAAGGGCAAGCACACUGUCAUGGAGUGUAUGACAAACAUCGUGUCUUGAGGCAGGUCCAGCCUCUUCUCAGCUCUGCUUCCAACUUUUUCCUGGCUUUUGGGGGAAUAACCCCCCACCCCGAUCUUUUUUUUGUGGCUUUGAUUUUUAGGUUAUAAUUUCUGCCAGACCUAAGUAACAGCCUGUAGAAUUUGUCCUGGGUUAUUUCCGCUGUACAACAUUUUGUUUUGCAAUUGUCUCACUUGACAGUAGAAAAAUUGGCCUUUGGGGUACAUUUAAUAGGAAACUGUACUGACUCUUUGUCUUUUUUUGCAAAAUCAUCUGUAGGAGGGAGGGAGGCCAGUCUCUGGCAUUCGUGGCCACUUGCACAACCACUGCCAGCAGAAGACUUUUCAUCAGGAACUCAUGUUCUUGUUGUCUGGGUCUCUUAGAUUUUGGUAACUGAAAUGAUCUGAAGGUUUUUCUCCUGCUCUUGUUCCAAUAAGUGAUGAAAGACGCUGACCAUGUCAUAUAGCUUAUGCGAGGGCUGGGUGGAGGAGCAAGAGAGAGAAGCCCCAUGCAAAGCACAGUGUCCCCCUUUUGCUUCCAGACAGCUCAACAAAAUACACCUCAGUCCUGUUCAUCUCUCUGCUGUCUUCCAGUGGAGAUGACAACUGUGCCAAACUUUAUGGUUUUAUGAUACAGAAAAAUGUUUACUAGAAAAUAGGUUGCAACUAGUGGCUUAAAACGCGUUUGAUUCCAAGUGUACCGAGGUGUGGGAGGGGUAAUGUGCCUGUGCACCGUCCUGUUCCAUCUCCCCAUUUUUAAGUGUACUUCAGAUAUUUUUAAGCAUCCUUAUUUUUUAAACCUUAAUUUAUAAUCUGAACAGAUUGAGUAAGACUUUUGCCCUUUACAGUGAGUGCUAUUGUCUCAAAAAUGAUAGUAGCAAAUGAUGUGAACAGAAUAAGCAGGCAGUGCAGGUUUGAGAGUGGCUUGCUAAUGUCUGAGAGUUUAAGCUCAACUGCCGUGUGUCUGCUAGCACGACCUUGAUUCAAGAGUUUGUUCUUCCAUUUUUUUGAAGGAUCUUUGCUUUUGGGCUUGUAAUUGCUUUGCCAGCUCUUUGAAUGUAGUUUUUUUUAUAUUUAUUUGCACAUUCAAGUAAAAUAAAAUAUUGGUUUUAAAAGUC